GGGGGGGGGAGAGUGCAGUGGAGAGAUAAGUUUUUUUGGCCUUCCAUCACAGUUAUGUGAUGGAUGUUUAUGUUAAAUGUAAUUAUGUUGUGUCUGGGGUCUAUUUGUGUGUAAUGUAUGGCUGCAGAAACGGCAUUUCGUUUGGACCUCCAGGGGUCCAAAUGACAAUUAAAUUGUCUCUUGACUCUUGAAGGAACACCCAUGGAAUCGAUGGGUUGAAUGGUGUUCCUGUGACAUUAGAAUUCUAUAAUUGUUCAUUUUUUGAAAGAUAUUUCUGUCAGCCUAAUUAAGAAAACAAUAUAGGUGCACAUAGAUAAACUGAAACAAUACAUAAACAUUCGGGGGAAUUGGAAAUGCUGAAAACAAUCCAUUAGGCGUUUGAAAAGCGACUUACUUGGCCCUUUAAUAAAGCCUCUCAUUCUGUUGCUGUGGCAACGUUGCUGCUUCGUUCCCCUCCUCACUGAUAGGGUGCCGGAUGGACGUCUGGGUAUUGUAGUUCCACUGCUUGGGUGCUGUGUGCGUGCGGACGGGAGUACGUGGCCGUCAGAACUACAUCUCCCAAAGGGCCCCGCGCUGCGUCGGCCAUGCCUUUACCUUUGACGCUGCUGCUUCUCCCAGGACAUGUCUUAUUCUGUCGUGAAUAGAGCCAAGCCGGUCACAAGGGCGGCUCGGCCUGGCGCAGCUAUGGAGAAUGGGCAGGAUAGGGAUGGAGUGGCAAAUGGAGGUGGGAUGGGUAAGGCUCCAGCGAGAGGUAGAGGUGGAGAUUCUAGCACAGGUACACGUACAGGACUGGGGAGAGGUUCUAGUUCAGGUCGAGGGAGCGGUUCAAGUUCAGAUUCAGGACUAGGUAAAGGUCCAAGUACACGUUUAGGGCUAGGUAAAGGGUCAAGUACAGGACAAGGUAAAGGUUUAAGUACAGGACUGGGGAGAGAUUCCAGCACAGGUAUAGGUUUUGGGAAAGGUUCAAGUCAAACAAAGGUUUCAAGUACAAGCCUAGGUACAGGUGGGGGUAAGGCCAGUGUUGCAGUUGUGCGGAAAUGCACAGCCACUCAUCAAAAUGUAACCCCACACAAAUCGGGUCAAAAAACAACUCACUGUUAUGGUGCAUAUUCUGUAACAGUACCAGAUCAGAAGAAGAGAAAUGAGUUGCUGAACAAAGCAGCGACAGAGUUGGCUGCCUUGGAGAAGCUGAAACGUCGAAAUAUAAGUAGAGUUUCCACUAUUCCGAGAACUGUUGGGGGUACGUUGUCUGAGGAAGAAGUGAGACGAAAACAGCAGCUGGCCUUCAAUGCAGGCUCAAUGGAGUAGGCAGCAAAAUCUGGAAAACCAGCCAUGAACUGAACCAGUGAAUAUGCAUUGCUACAGCUGGAAGAUAACCUGCUGCAUGGGAGUAAAGUCUCCAAAAUGGUCAAAAAUAAAGCCUCAACCAUUGUCGUUUCUCAGGGAAUUAUAUAUUUUUUUAACCGCGAUCCAACGUCUUUGUUUGCCCUUCUCUCUCUCUCAGAGUUUCGGAAGAAGGAAAAUGGAGACACAAGGAACUGAAGAUGCUGGAAUCCUGAGCAAAUCACAAAGUGCUGGAAGAACUCAACAGGUCAGACGCACCCGUGGAGGGAAUGGACAAAUGAUUUUUCGAGUCGGGACCCAUUCUUAAGACCUAUCAGCCCCGACCCGAAAUGUUGUCUCUUGAUUCCCUCCACAGAUGCUGCUAAGUUCCUCCAUCGCAUUGUACUUUGCUUGGGAUAAAGAAAAUAUAGUAUUUGUUUCAAACAUUGGGAAGCAAAAUAUGUCUUGUUGUACUCAACAGUCUAUAGACUUCUGUUUAAUGAUGCUUGAAGAACAUUGUAUUGAUCUGAAAUGCUGAUGAUCUCACGUUUAAGAAACAAUUAGAGAAAUACAUGGAUAGGACCGGUUUAGAGGGAUAUAUGGGCCAAAUGCAGGCAUGUGGGACAAGUGUAGAUGGGGCUUGUUGGUUGGAAAGUUGGGCCAAAGGGCCUUUUUGCACACUGCAUGACUAUGACUAUGACUAACUAGGUUCCUUUGCAAGAAUUUUUCAUGUUCUUUUGAUGUUUGUGGUUCACUAAUAGCUACCUCGAGUGGUUUAUCUAGACAAGUAGACUAAACAUCAUAUAAGUAUUAUGCACAGACCAUGUUAAAUCAUUUUAGCAAUGCAACUUCAAAAUUUUACACUGACUCACAACAGCCCUCGACUAAAAUCAUAUGUAACCAGUGAACAUUUUCUAAUUAACCAGCAAAUUCUCUGGGUAAUGAUUUAUUUAUUUUUUGUCCUUUGUUCAAUGCUGCUGAUAUAUGGUGUGGUAUUGGUUUAUUAUAGUCACGUGUAGCGAGAUCCGGCGAGCUUUUGCUUGCAAGCUCAUUCCCUCUUCUCCCCUCUCCAAUCAGGCAAGAGGUACAGAAGUUUGAAAUUGCAUUCCUCCAGAUUCAGGGACAGUUUCUUCCUAGCUGUUAUCAAGCAACUGAAUGGUCCUCUCACAAGCUAGAGUGAAGUCUUGACCUCCCACCUACCUUAUUGGAGACCUUUGAACUAUCUUUAAUGGGACAUUAUUGGACUUCAACGUCAUAUCUUGCACUAGCUAUUGUGCCCUUUAUUCUUUAUCUGUGCACUAUGGAUGGCUUGAUUAUAUUCAUGUACUAGACUAAGUGGGACCCGGGUCCCAGCAUCACAUGGGAGGGCUGGUCACCAACGCAAUAUUUCACCUCUCCACCAAUUCCAAUAUUGCUCGUCAGUGGGGGGGCUUUCUGUUGCGCUAGUAUGGGUGUUGUGGGCCGAAGGUACUGGUUUCCAGAGGGCUAGUAUGGACAUUGUGGGCCGAAUGGAUUCUUGGGCUGGCAGCCAACUGUUGCAACAAUUUUGAAAGCCAAGGCAAACAAUUUGGCUGCAGCCACACGACAACCAAAAAUCAUUUUGUGAACACAAACUUUUUUUUAAAUGCGAGGCAAACAAUUUGGCAGCAGCUACCUGAUAACCAAAAUUCAUUUUGUGAACACAAACUUUUUAAAAAAAGGCGAGGCAAACAAUUGGGCAGCAGCCACCUGACAACCAAAAUUCAUUUUGUGAACACAAACUUUAAAUAAAGGCAAACAACUUGGCAGCAGCCACAUCGAGGGGACUCACCGUGGAGUAGACGUGCGUUCAAUGUUAUUCAUAGCUCAGAGCUGUGACCUUCUUGUUUCCUGGGUCUGGCAGAGACUGAGUGAGGCACGACACUUCCGGGUUUUAUAGUCCCCCCCCCCCACCGCCAGCGGGGGCAGCAGAGAGAAUGGGGAAUUAUUUUUUAAACAUUAAUAUCUUUCUGAUUUUUCAUCGAUGGGAAAAAUCCUCUGGUCCCGGAAGGCGGAGGGGGGCUCUGAGCGAGGUGGCCAAAAAUGACGGCCGUAGGUGGCGGCGUUCUCUCGGAAAUCGCAGCACAGUGGGCCAAAAGCUGUCAAGAUCAGACUUUUAGUAAUAUAGAUAGUCUUUUUCACUGGAUAGCAUGCAAACAAAAGGUUUUCACUGUACCUCGGUACAUUUGGCAAUAAUAAACUGAACUAUCCGAUCAAAUCGGGUAAUACUGUACAUUAAUUUAGGGCAACACAGUGGUGCAGCUGGUGGCGUUGCUGCCUCUCAGCGUCAAAGACUCUGGUUCAAUCCUGAUCUCGGGUGCUGUCUAUAUGGGGUUUGUACAUUCUCCCUGCGACCUUUCCUGGGUUUCCUCCCAAAUCCCAAAGACGUGCGGGUUUGUAGGUUAAUUGGCCUCUGUAAAUUGCUUCAAGUAUGUAGGGAGUGGAUGCGAAAGUGGGAUAAAACUAGAGUGAACGGGUGAUUGAUGGCCGACAUGGACUUGGUGGCCUGCAGACCUGUUUCUAUGCUGUAUCGCUAAACUAAAAUACAUCUUUGCACAUGUCACUCCUUGUAGAUGCAAGGAACUGCAGAUGCUGGAAUCUUGAGCAAAACAAAAAGUACUGGAGGAACUCAGUAGGUCAGGCAGCAUCUGUGGAUGAAUGGACAGGCGAUGUUUUGGGUUGGGACCCUUCUUCAGACAACUCAUUGUAUUUGUCUACUGACACUUGGUACUUUCUAACUUCAGUGGAACUCUAAUGUCGAAAGAUAAAAAUAAUUUGCUGUGUUACUUCCCCACAUACUUUAGGGGGUCACACGCAAAGAUAAAUGUCUCUUCCCUAUGUUUUUGUAUGACACGUGAAGCAAUGCACUCGGUCAAAUGUACUCUUUAGAAAUCCUGAUCGUAAGUGCCUAGAAUGUGAUUAUAACAAAGUUAUUUGUCAGUAACAACAUUGAGUGCAAUGACUGUUUAAUAUUAUGCUCGAUUACCCUUCAAUGCUAUCAUUGGAUUUAUUUAGAUUGCUUUUGCAGUGAUAUUUCAAGUGAUAUUUACGGUUACACUGUCCGUCAACCAUUCAUUUUUCACACACCUAUUGAAGAUAAAGAUCCUCAAUUUAGUUCAUGCUUCAAAUAUUCUAAGAAACCUUCAUAGCGUUGUGGUUAACCUUGAGCAGCUUUUGGGAGAAUUUACUAUAACAGCGCUGGAAGCAGACCAUGUUUCACAGCUUCACCAUUGUAAGUAAGACCAAUAUGGAAUAGAAUUCUCUAUCUUAAUUGCAUCUUCAUUUCAAAUCUAAUUGGUUUCCUAUUUGUAUUUUGAUUAAUCUUACGUAGAAUGUAGAAAAUGGCAGCACAAGAGAAGGCCCUUCAGUUCACAAGGUCUACACUAAACAUAAUGCCAACAUAAACUAAACUGACAUCAUCCGUAUCUUUGCAUUCCCCGCACACCUAGUUGUUCAUCUAAAAGCCUUCUAGACACCAUCACCCUCAGCAGAACAUUCUAGGCACUCACCACUGUGCACAAAAAAAAACUUGCCUCGCACAUCUCUUUUAAACUUUAAUGUAAUAAAGAAGUGCGGAUACUGGUCUGAAGAAAGGUCCUUACCCAAAAUGUCCAGCCUGUCCAGAAACGCUGUCUGACCUGCUGAGUUACUGCAGCAUUUUUGAUCUAUAUCAGAAUAAUAUAUAAUCCCAUGCAAAUAGCAUUUACCUAAAGAGAAUAUUUAGUCUAAUUUAAAAAUCCUUUUGCUGCAUUCCUACAGUUCCUGAGUUCCUGAUCUCAACAGCACUGUGCAUGGUGGGUGAAAGUUUAGUCGGGAAAAAAAGUGGAAAGCUCAAAGCUUCAAAGGAAGAGUUAGAUGAAUAUUUAAAAAGGACACACUCAGAUCCAGAAAAGAAAAGGGGAAUGGAUUGCCCUCCAGGUAUACCACCCUUAGGAGAGAUAGAGUAUAAGUUAGAUGUUUUGCCACUAAAGUGGAAGUAGCAAUAAGGCGUGCAAAGGCUUCUUUGGCCUCAGGGCCGAAUGACGUCCCUUACCAGGUGUAUAAAAGUGCACCUGAUGUGCUUAGAUUCUUGGAGUGGAGGCUCUUGCGUAUAGUUUGGGAGAAGCAGGUUAUACCAAGGGUUUGGCGUAAAGCAGGGGGAAUUUUCAUUCCCAAGGAGAUGAAUCUUCAGAGUUAAGUCAAUUUAGGUCUAUAUGUCUCCUCAACGUAGAAGACAAGAUUUUCUUUAGCACAGUGGCACAGAGGCUGGCAAGUUUUUUUUGAAAGGAAUAGGUUAAUAGAUACCACAGUGCAGAAAGCAGGAAUCCCAAGUUUUGCAGGAUGCUUAGAACACGUUAAUGUAAUAUGGCACCAGAUUCAGACAGCCAAGCUCGAGAGAAGAGAUUUGUAUGUAGUGUUUUUGGACCUGGCAAAUGUGUUUAGAUCUGUGCCACAUAGUCGUAUUUGGAGUGCUUUUGAUUUCUUUAGAAUUCCAGGAUCGAUAGUAAAUUCAGUGAAAGCAUAUUUCCAAGAUGUCCAAAUGUGUUUUAGUACAGCAGACUUUACGACAGCAUGGCAGAGACUAGAGAUGGGCAUUAUGGCAGGGUGUACUAUUUCCCCAUUCGUGUUUACAAUAGCGAUGGAGCAAGUGACUAGAGCAUCACAGUGGGUUGUGGGCAGGACGGACUGUGCCUCCCUCCAAUUAGGGCUUAUAUGGAUGAUAUGACCUUGGUGACCAUAACAGUAGCUGCACAAAAAGGUUGUUAGAGAAAUUAAAUGAUCAUCUUAAAUGGGCUAGAUUGAAGAGUAAGUCACAGAGUAUUUCUUUGGCAAAAGGAAAGGUAGUAGAGAAAGGGUUCUGUGUAGAAGAAGAAGAAAUCCUGUCUAUAAUGGAGAAACCAGGUUUGGGUAGGUUGUAUUACUGGAAGUUGGAUGACACUGAACAGGUUCAGCAACGGGUUAGAAAGGAUAGAGAACUCAGGGCUUCCAGGCAAGUUGAAGUUGUUGUGUUUGCAGUUUGGGCUAUUCCCUAGGUUGAUGUGGCCAUUGACAGUAUAUGAGGUGCCAGUUUUGUAGGUGCAAAAGCUUUAAGGUCAGAGGGGGAUGUCUGACAACAAUGUUCCUCCAGCACUUUGCAAUUUUAUUAGAUUCCAGCACUGAUCGCCUUAGUGGUCCAACUUAUCUCCAGCAGCUGUCUGCACCUCCUCAUUUCCCUCGCCUGGCUCCUUCUACUUCCUUUCUUUUCCUGUUUUCUCUUCAGUCAGAGUGCCUCCACCCAUUAUCUGCUUGCGUUUGCCUCCCAACAUCUCUCCCAUGUCCGCUAUCUGCUCAUCAUACUUCAUCCUGCCACCUACCAGGGCGGCCACAGUGACACAGCGGUAGAGUUGCUGCUGUACAACGCUUGCAGCGCCGGAGACCCGGGUUCGACCCCGACUACGGGUGCUGUCUGUACAGAGUUUGUACAUUCUCCCUGUGACUGCAUGGGGUUUCUCCAAGAUCUUCGGUUUCCACCCACACUCCAAAGAUGUAUAGGUAUGUUAGUAAAUUGGCUUGUUAAAUAUUUUUUUAAAAUUGUCCUUAGUAUGUGUAGGAUAGUGUGUAGGAUGGUCAGCGCAGAACUGGUGGGCCGAAGGGCCAGUUUCAGCGCUGUAUCUCUAAAGUAAACUAAACUCUCCCACCAAACACCAUCACAGUUGAACAAUCACUUCUCAUUUCUGUCUGCCCCCCCC